AACGGCCCAAGCGUGUCGUUUUGAGCCAUCAAAUUUACAAAGAGGAGUAUACGACGCGUAGCUUCACCAUCCUCGUCGGUUUGGUUGGCACAAAGCAACAAACUCUAUAAAAAUAAAAAGCUGCAACUUUUUUAUUGGCAUUUCCUUUAACGCCAAUUAUUAAUUUCGGCUUAAUUUUCUUUUCUUUUCUUUUCCUUUCUCAUCUAAAUUUGCUCGGCAACCAAACACUGACCUACCCCUCUCACCCAAGUUUCUUCUUCUCGAUUCUCCGCAGACGGUGGCGAUUUUCGCUUGGCCUCUUCGCGAUCCGAUCGAGCUGAGUGUGAGAGUGGUUGUGGUUGGGCUUUGGAAAAUUUAGCUGCAUGAGCUGGUUUGGGAAGCUGCGUUUAUUCCCGAAUUUGAAUUCAUUUAACUUCAUUAAUUGUUUAUUAAUUUUUAUUCUCCAUUUCUCCCCUCAAUUCUUCAAUUUCGAGAUAUUAAGCAAUAUUAAAACUAAUCUCAAUCCUAAUUUCCGUUUAUCGUCACAAUAUGGAGUCCCGAUUCAAGGGUAAUUCCCAAUUACGCAAAGGUCUUUGCUAUGCAAAUGCUGACAAGCAGCAGGGGAGGUCCCCUUCUGUUAUUGUCAUAGGCGGUGGCAUGGCUGGGAUUGCUGCUGCUCGUGCACUUCAUGAUGCCUCAUUUCAGGUUGUCCUUUUAGAAUCACGGGAAAGACUUGGUGGCCGUAUUCAUACUGAUUACUCAUUUGGCUUUCCUGUUGACCUGGGAGCAUCAUGGUUGCAUGGAGUUUGCAAGGAGAAUCCUCUGGCUCCAAUGAUUGGGAAGCUGGGAUUACCUCUUUACCGUACUAGUGAGGAUAACUCUGUCCUUUAUGACCAUGAUUUGGAAAGCUAUGCACUUUUUGAUAUGAAUGGGAAUCAAGUUCCCCAAGAGUUGGUAACAAAAGUUGGUAAAAUAUUUGAAAUGAUUUUACAAGAGACAAAUAAUGUACGAGAGGAAUUCAGUGAAGAUAUGUCCAUACUCCGUGCACUUUCAAUUGUUUUUGAAAGAAAGCCAGAAUUGAGGUUGGAGGGGCUUUCUCACAAGGUGCUUCAGUGGUACAUAUGCAGAAUGGAAGGUUGGUUUGCUGCAGAUGCUGAUGCCAUAUCACUGAAAUGUUGGGAUCAGGAAGUAUUGCUCCCCGGUGGUCAUGGUCUAAUGGUCAGGGGUUACCUGCCUGUUAUACAUACCCUAGCCAAGGGUCUUGACAUUCGCCUAGGACACAGUGUCACAAAAAUAUUUAGGCAAUAUAAUGGAGUAAAGGUGACCGUGGAAAAUGGGAAAACAUUUGUUGCUGAUGCUGCUAUUGUUGCUGUACCUCUUGGGGUGCUGAAAGCAAAGAACAUAAAAUUUGAGCCAAAGCUCCCAGACUGGAAAGAAGCUGCUAUUUCUGAUAUUGGGGUUGGGAUUGAGAAUAAAAUAAUUUUACACUUUAAAAAUGUGUUUUGGCCCAAUGUGGAAUUCUUAGGAGUAGUUGCAGAGUCAUCUUAUGGAUGCAGCUACUUUCUUAAUCUCCACAAGGCUGCAGGUCAUCCUGUCCUUGUUUACAUGCCUGCUGGGCAGCUGGCCAAAGACAUUGAAAAAAUGUCUGAUGAAGCAGCUGCUAACUUUGCUUUCAUGCAGCUCAAAAAGAUCCUUCCAGAUGCUUCUUCACCGAUUCAGUAUCUUGUGUCUCGAUGGGGUACAGAUAUUAAUACACUAGGUUCCUAUAGCUAUGAUUUAGUUGGCAAACCACAUGAUCUGUACGAGAGGCUACGGGUCCCUGUAGAUAAUUUAUUCUUUGCAGGGGAAGCAACGAGUACAUUGUAUACAGGGUCUGUGCAUGGUGCAUUCUCUACGGGAGUGAUGGCUGCUGAGGACUGCAGAAUGCGUGUGUUGGAGCGUUAUGGUGAGCUUGAUUUGUUCCAACCGGUAAUGGGAGAGGAUGCUUCAGUGAUACCACUUCAGAUCUCUCGUCUGUAAUCUCCUGGAGGCCCUAUAAAGCCCCUUACGAGUGGCAUAUUUGUUGUUAAAUGUUGUGUUGAAUAUUAAUGUGAACAUGUGUACCUUGGACUGGGAGGUGCUGUGACUCCUAGAGUUUGAAUUUUCUCAUCAAUAACUUAGAAAAGUUUUAGUAAUUUGGUAACGCCUUGGUAUUUUAUGGGUAUCUUUUUUUGUCAUUUUGUGUUUAUCUUUAAGCUCAUUAGUUUAUCAUUUGAAAACUUUGCAAAAUCAUGGUAAGUAGACCAGUUGAAUAUAAUAUAAGGUUAAUUACUUUGGCUUCCUUUGAAGUUAGCUUUUGUUAUAUUUAUACCUUUCU